UGCUGCUCGUGAGCGUGCUGCUCGUGAGCGUGCUGCUCGUGAGCGUGCUGCUCGUGAGCGUGCUGCUCGUGAGCGUGCUGCCCGCGGACGAAGACGGAUGGAGCCGACGUGAUAACCGAGAUGGACGUGGCCCGUGUGGACUUCUACAUUGGCCUCUCGCUGGCCGUGUCCUCCAGCCUUUUUAUCGGUGCGAGUUUCAUUCUGAAGAAGAAAGGCCUGCUGCGAUUGGCCAGCAAGGGAUCCACGCGAGCAGGUCAAGGCGGCUAUGCUUACCUAAAAGAAGGGCUGUGGUGGGCGGGGCUCAUUUCAAUGGGAGCCGGAGAGGCCGCCAACUUUGCAGCGUACGCGUUUGCGCCAGCGACGCUUGUGACUCCUUUAGGAGCUUUAAGUGUGCUUGUAAGUGCCGUGCUCUCCUCCUACUUCCUCAACGAGAGGCUGAAUGUGCACGGUAAGAUCGGCUGUUUGUUAUGCGUGCUGGGCUCCACGGUCAUGGUGGUCCACGCUCCCCAGGAGGAGGAGGUGGCAUCCCUCAGCGUCAUGGCCGAGAAGCUUAAAGACCCAGGUUUCAUUGUGUUUGCUGUGUGCGUUGUGGGAAGCAGCCUGGUUCUUAUCUUCGUUGUGGCGCCACGCUUCGGACAGAAGAAUGUGCUGGUCUACAUCCUCAUCUGCUCUGUGAUUGGUUCCCUGUCCGUGUCCUGUGUCAAGGGCCUGGGCAUCGGCAUCAAGGAGCUUUUUUCCGGGACAGCCGUGCUGAGGGAGCCCCUCUUCUGGUCCCUUGUGGUGUGCCUGGUGGUGUGUGUCAGCAUACAGAUCAGCUACCUGAACAAAGCCCUUGACAUCUUCAACACCUCCAUCGUCACGCCCAUCUACUACGUCUUCUUCACCACCUCUGUCAUGGCGUGCUCCGCCAUCCUCUUCAAGGAGUGGCUGAGCAUGAGCACCAACGCGGUGGUGGGCACCAUCAGUGGCUUCCUCACCAUCGUGCUGGGCAUCUUCCUGCUGCACGCCUUCAAGGACAUCACCUUCAGCUGGGACUCGCUGCCGCUCUACCUGACCAAAGGUCCUCAGGGGCUUCAGUGGAGCGCCCGGGCUUACAUGGCCGUCCAUGGCCAGGAUGGCCUCACGGGGGAGGAAGGGAAGCCGUGCUGAGUGGGAGAAAUAAGGCUCCCUGGAUACAAUAAAACUAUCUUUGGA